GGGACCCCCGGACCGGCCUCCUCGCCUGCACCCCUCUCUGCAGCCACCACGGCCCCGCCAAACGCAGGCUCUGCCCCCAAAACCGGCCGCUCCAGGAAGGCCCCGGAGGAGCCAGCGGCUAGGGCUCCCGACGUGGACUCGCUGGGCUUCCAGGCCAUGGACCGCAACGUGCCAGGGCUGUCCCACGUCAUCCUGCAGAAACUCAACAUGAAGAGCUACGAGGACUACAAGUCUGCCAUGGACGGGAGGAAGAGCGGCAGCGAUUUUGGCAUCCGGACGUAUUUUGACAUGUUCCAGAAGAUGGAAGACACCUUCAAGUUUUGCGUUGAGUGCAAGAAGCUCCCCGAUGCACUCCCGGACCCCAAAAGCCUCCGGCGUUGCAAAAGGUGCCAAAAUGUGUACUACUGUGGUGUGGCGUGCCAGCGUGCCAAUUGGCCACUGCACAAGAAGUUCUGCAAGAAGCUGAAGCUGGUGGCCCUGGACCGGCUGGUGGAGUGGCUCGUCUUCACAGGAGACAUCCCAUUUCCCACUGACACUUGGACAAAACCUGCGAGGGACGUGAAGGGCUGGGAGGACUGGUUCUCUAUGCAGGAGCAGCUGGAGGAGAAGCUGAGUGCCAUCAUGACCGGGCGGUACAUGACCCUGCUUUGGGCCAACGCUGGGAAGCCCCGGCCGGAGGACACAGAGCUGCGGGAAUCCAUCCGGCGCCUGAUCACCGACUUCCACUCGCGGCCCCUCACCAUCGGCCUGGGACUGCGGAUUUUUGGCAUCGACCCCCUCACCAGGCCCCUCACCGUGCACGUGGUGGGGGCUUCCCACGUGGAGACCCUCAACACACGGCUGACAGACUACGACGAGCUGACACGGAUGUUCCCGGGGCACCAGGGUGUGGAGAUGGUGAUGGUGGGGGUGGACGUGGUGGACGGACCCAUCAUGAGGCCACCCCUGACCACGCUGGCACCCCGGGGAAAAGUCUAUCUCAGCAGCUACAAGGGGCUCUACCACGACUUCUGGGAAAGCCACGUGGAGACCAAGCUGGCUGCCCGUCCUGACCUGGUGGUGGGCUUUCACCCAGGUUUCCAUGCCUGCCCAGACCUGCUGGCGGGCUGGCUGCCCACCCUGCUGCUGCUGCGGGACUAUGGCCUUCCCGUGCUCUUCACCGUGUACAGUGAGCAGGAGCUGAAGGCCUCCCUGCAGGUCCUUGUGGAGCUCGAGACGCACAUUGUGGGUUACGCCAGCAACCCCUUUGCCUCACUGCGGCCUGAGCAGGUCUACUCGAGCCCCAACAAGGCGCCCGUCUACUGCAGCUCCCACUACAUCGCCCUGCUGGGAGCAGAGGCUGUGCCAGGGGCCGAGGAGCUGGAGGAUGAUGAUGGCUGGCAGGGAGAGCCCAGUGCUGCUGCUGUGGCUGGGGGCAUUGCCCCAGGGCUGGGCUGAUUCCUGCCCUGAUCACCCGACCCCCAGAGCCUCUCUGCCCAUCCAGGAUCCCAUCUCUGCAUCCUCGGAUCAGCAGAAAUCCCUCACUGCACACAUGGCAGGCCUGGGGGAUGCAGCACCCCAGCACAGGCAUGGCACCCUUUCACAGCACCAAAAAAUCACUACCAACAACCA